CUUCUUAAUCAUGGACUUAUAACAGAAGAUUUGACAUCCCAAGGACCUGUUGCUUCCAUAUCAAAAACUCUCUUAGAUUCAAGAGCGGCACAUAGAGAUUCCCAUUUAUCAUCUUCCACAUAUUCUAGUUAUAGCAAAGAUAUUACAAAUGUAUUACGGAGUUCUGGUCGCAGUUCGUCUUCUGGAACUGAAGGUAAAUGUACAAAAAGACUGAUGAAGCGUUGCCAGAUGUGGCAGCUGAGAGAUGAAGCUCUCGAGAAAGCCAAAGCUGAAGUCAGAGAACAGACUGCUUUGCUUUCGUGUAGAAAGGCUUCAGAAUCCUCCUAUUGACUGCAAUCUCAGCAGCCCGGGAAGUACUGAUUCAAGCAACUCAGAGAAUGCUUACAAGAAAUCCGCUACACAAGCAAGGCUGGACACUGCCCGAGGACCUGUUCCUGUAAACUCUCACCUCAUGUCUCCAACAUCUCCCGCAAAUGUCCCAGAUAUCAGCAGUACCAAUGAAACUGGAAAUGACACAGAGGCUAAAUCUAAAAAGACUCUAAUGCUUAUUAUGAAGGAACUGAUUCAGACUGAAAGGGACUAUGUGAAAUCGCUCGAAUAUAUUAUUGAAAAUUAUAUUCCUGAAUUUCUAAGGGAAGACAUACCACAAGCACUACGAGGUCAAAGAAAUGUUGUGUUUGGAAAUAUUGAGAAAAUAUAUGAAUUUCAUAAUCAAUAUUUCUUAACUGAACUUGAGCACUGUGAAAAUUCUCCCUUCACCGUUGGCCAGUGUUUCCUUGAUUUUCAACCUCAGUUUUACUUGUAUGCUCUGUAUAAUAAGAAUAAGCCAAAAUCUGAUGCCCUUAUGUCUGAAUAUGGGAAUGUAUUUUUCAGGAAAAAACAGCUCGAGUUGCAGGAUAAGAUGGAUUUAGCUAGCUACCUUUUAAAACCUGUACAAAGAAUGGGGAAAUAUGCAUUACUUUUAAAACAGCUUUUAAAGGAGUGUCCAGAGCGAGAAACAGAGCACAAGGCAUUAAAGGUAGGGGGGGAAAAGAUUAAAAACCUGCAGCUGGCUGAAGAAAUGGUCAGAUUUCAGUUAAGACAUGGAAAUGAUUUGCUUGCCAUGGACGCUUUAAAAGAUUGUGAUGUAAACGUAAAGGAACAAGGUCGAUUACUCCGCCAGGAUGAAUUUAUCGUUUGGCAGGGUCGAUCUCGGAAGUGCAUGCGACAUGUAUUUCUGUUCGAAGAUCUCAUACUCUUCAGCAAAGCACGUAGAGAUCCACAGCGCAAAGGAUAUGAGAUGUAUCAGUACAAGCACAGCAUAAAAACUACAGAUUUAGGAAUGACUGAACAGGUUGGUGAUAGUCCUACCAAAUUUGAGAUUUGGUUCCGUAAAAGGAAGUUAAAUGACACCUUUUUACUCCAGGCUCCAAAUCCAGAAGUUAAAGCUGCAUGGGUGACAGAAUUACGUAAAAUACUUGUAAAACAGGCAGUUAAAAACAGAGAAAAUCGCCUUGCCGAAAUGUCAUCCAUGGGAAUCGGAAACAAACCGUGUCUCGAUAUUAAACCCAGUGAAGACCAAAUAAGUGAUAGAUCUAUCAGCAUUCAUCAGUUAGCAAGAGCUCCUCGAUUCAGAAAUUCCAUCGCAGUGUCGCCUUAUGACAUUCAUAAUAACAGGAAUUCCAUCAUAUCUGUGAGCUCGUCGUCUUCUUCGGGUAGCAGUCAGUCUUCGUUUUCAUUCUACGGAACGCUGAAUCUUGGGUUCGAGCCUGGAGACAGUCCUAGACCUCUGCACAGAUCACUAACACAACAGUCUCAGUGCUCUACAGAAAGUGGCUUCUGUACAGAUGCCAGCACUGCCGGUGACACUCCUGAAAAUGAACACCUCCAUCAUAAGAGGGCUGAAAGGAGUGACAGCCUAUUGUCAAGUGAUUCUUUAUCGACUAAUGUAUCCCCCACCGAAGCUCCUUAUAUUAUUAAAUACGAGCAGUCAUUAGAAGAGAGUCUUACGACUUCCAUGUGACCUGUUUCCUGACUUAUUUAUUUUGGACUUGUGAUUUGCCAUUCUAUCAAAUGUUUUAUAGAAUACUGUGGUGGUCCUUCUGGAGCAAGAUUUGUGCCAUACAGAAAAAAUGAUGAGCUUUGUUGUGCUCUGGACUUUAUGACUUAGCACGAGCAUGACCCUACGAGCACGGGUUUAUAGAAUUUAAAAACUUAAUUUAUUAAGUUGAUAUAUAUUGCACUAUAGUAUCGAAGUAAUAAAUAUUGUGCCAUUUUUUGGCUGUAUAUUUAAUUCACUGUGUAUAAUACUACCUCCCCAGUGUAUUUCAAGAGUUCUAUUAAGGAAAUUCCUUUUGUGAACAGUUGUUCACUCACUGACCUCUGUGUCCUAUUUGUUAAAAUCAUUCAAUCAAAAUUUGUUUACAUAAAAUAACCUGAUUUAGUUUUGUAGCAUAUUUUAUAACAAUAUUACUCACUAACCUCUGUGUCCUGUCUGUUAAAAUCAUUCUGUCAAAAUUUGUUUACAUAAACCUGAUUGUUUUGUAACAUGUUUUACAAGAAUACUACUCAUUAACCUCUGUGUGAUGUCUAUUAAAAUCAUUAAAUCAAAUAUCAUUUAUAUGAAAUAAUUCGAUUCAGUUUUGUAACAUAUUUUACAACAGACUCGCUUAUCUCUGUCUUUUAUUUGUUAAAAUCAUUCAGCCAAAAUUUAUUCAGUCAUUCAAUCAAAAUCUGAGUAACCUGAUUCUGUUCUGUAACAUGUUUGAUUGAGAGUUUUUCUCCUGGUGGUGUAACAUGUAAGUAACUGUUCUGAACUUUUAUAUAUCUGUCACUCAUACCGUGAAGUUAUUUUUCAGAACGUGUAUUUUUUUUAUGAUUCGAGUGGCAUCCUUUUGGAUAGAACAAAAAAUAUAAGCAAGCAAAUAUUUAAUGAUUGAGUAAAUAAUUAUUGUUUAAUUUAUUCAAGAUGUAAAAAUUUUCUUCUUUUGUCUGCUUUUAUAUUUUGCAAAGCACAAAGAAAUUUUCCAAGUGCAAUUUUUUUAAAAUAUCGUAUGAUAAAGGUGCAAUAAAAAGAUUACUCUUUUGACAAUCCAUUAAAGUUCAAGUGCUUAUAUUUAAAAAUAUCCUUUGGAGCCACUAAUUUGUAAAUAGAAUAAUUUGUACAUAAGAUGUGCUUUCUAUUCACCAUGCUCCCUCGAAUGUUGUGGUCUUUUUUAACUAGUGCCAUUUGGUGUUCUAUAAUCAAUUAUAAUAAUUAAGGAGCACAUAUAAAGUUGUUUUAUGCAGCUAAUUGUAAAUUUAUUUCUGUAAUAAAUUGCAGAAUUAAAGUAUUUGAUUAUUUGAAAAA